ACUAUCCUACCUAUCCUACUCGCCUUACCCUUCCUACCCGCUCUGAGCCCCCUCCUAAGAGGGGUAAGAGACACGCUGGGAAUCACUUCACCUCAGGAGAGGAAGACUCCAGCGAAGAAGAGACCAUGGGAACCCUCUACGGCUUGUUCCAGCUGAGCGAUCAUGUGAUUUGUUCCUCGGGCUCAACGCCAUCGCUGAACCUUUGCCAGAUGAACUGCAGUGCUUUGAUUGACGACAACAUAAGUGAUGACUUAAACUGUGUGGCGACUAUCAAACAGACAAUGGAAAGUGGUCGCGGUCAAAAAACAAUGGCUCUAAAGAGAAUGAUCGAUCUGCUCUUCCAGAAGGAAUGUCUCGCGACGGUGGCCUCUAGCUACUUCUCCAAGUGUUGAAGUGUUGCGAUGUUCGACGACAAUCCCCCAAUUGCAAAAAGAUCUGAAUUGGGCUGCCUGUGUAAAUACAGCCAUGGUGUGUAACAAUUAGUCCUCAUCAGCUUCAUGUUAACAAAGUACACCGGAAUAGAAUGUAGCAUGUAGAAAGAAUAAAAAUGAACAUUACAUUCA